AUGAGAAUAGUGCUAUUCCAAUAAACCAGAAUGAACCUCAUGGAUAUCGCCAAGAUCUUCUCUCUUCUGCAACCUGAAAAGGAGGAGGAGGACACCGACACAGGGGAAAAACAGGCUCUCAAUCAAGCUGUAUAUGACAAUGACUCCUGUACCCUGGACCACCUUCUACACCAGGAACGUUAUAAACGGUUCAUCAACAGCAGGAGUGGCUGGGGUAUACCUGGAACACCCUUGCGUUUGGCAGCUUCUUAUGGUCACUUAAAUUGUGUGAAGGUCCUCCUGGAACACGGUGCUGAUGUUGAUAGCUUGGAUGUCAAAGCACAAACACCACUUUUCACUGCUGUUAGUCAUGGUCAUCUGGAGUGUGUGAGAAUGCUUUUAGAAGCUGGUGCCUGUCCUAGUGGUAGCAUCUACAACAAUUGCUCUCCUGUUCUCACUGCCUCCCGUGAUGGGGCUUUUGCCAUCUUACAGGAGCUCCUAGGGCAUGGUGCAGAGGUUAAUGUCAAGGCUAAACUACCAGUCUGGGCAUCAAACAUAGCUUCAUGUUCUGGCCCCCUCUAUUUGGCUGCAGUCUAUGGGCACCUCGAUUGUUUCCGCCUGCUUUUGCUCUAUGGGGCAGAUCCUGAUUACAACUGCACUGACCAGGCCCUCUUAAGUCGUGUUCCACAGCCUCGCACACUCCUUGAAAUCUGCCUUCAUCAUAAUUGUGAGCCAGAGUACAUCCAGCUUUUAAUAGAUUUUGGAGCUAACAUCUACCGUCCAUCUCUCCCCUUGGACCCAACUUCACAAGAUGAUAAAGGCACCAAAUUGCUGCUACAAGCCCGAGCUACUCCACGGUCACUUCUGUCCCAGGCCCGAUUAGUUAUCCGCAGAUCCCUGUGCCGGGCCAACCAGCCACAAGCCAUCGACCAGCUGGAUAUCCCCCCUGUGUUGAUUAGCUACCUCAAGCACCAAUGA